AUGUCUGAAAAACAUAUUCAUGUUUAUUUUAAUCGAAAAGUCUCUAGUUGGGAUAUUAAAGACUUCUUAGAUUGCUGUGAACUCGAUGACAUAAGUGACAAAAUAAGUAUUUACCUUAAAUCUCUUGAGGCCAUCGCCAACACUGAGGAAGGACAAAAGUGCGAACGAGCAAAGGAAUUGCUUGCAAGAUAUAGGGAGGCGAGCCACGAAGUUAGUGCUGGGGCGUGGGCAAUCUCGAAGGUUGUCUUACGUUCAAGGCUCAAAGCUGUCUUACGUUCAAGGCUCAAAGUCGACCUGGGUUCUCGACCAGAUCGAAAACUUGCUCGAAAUUGGGAAAGUAAACAUAGAAAGAUGUCUAGUGAAGCUUCGAAUUCGAUUAACUUUUACGGGAAUAUACAGAACAAUGGGAUCAUAGCGUCAGAAGCUACUAAAAAUAAGAGUGUGACGAAUACAACACAUCCAGAAAAGAAAAGACCGGCCGAGGAUGCCUCUCAUGUAACCACUUCUCCUCCUAAUCUUCGGCAUCACACCCCACCUCCCCAUUAUAUCUUAGUAAGUUCCGAUAGUGAACCCGAUGAAGACGAUAAUUCGGAUAAGGAAGAAAAAUUUUGUCUUGAUAUAAAUACCGUUUCGUUUGACGAUUAUGUUGAUCAAAGUAAAAGAGAUUCCAAGUGGAAAUUACUAGAUGGUCGGCAUCUUGUUAAAGCUCUUAAUAGUAAGACUUCCGAAAUGGUUAAACUAUUCCCGAAAAAAGACAAAAAAGAGCAAACCCUAAUUGCGAAAAGUGUCAUCAGGUUAGGAUUGUCUUCAAUAAUUGAUUUAUCAUCCGAGUUCGAAGACGGAAUGUGUUCAUGGUUUGAGAAAGAUUGGGCUAAUAUUAAAAAAAAGGUUUAUGAAAUUAUUGAUAUGAAGCCGAAAGCUUUCGAGGGGGAAGUGGAAAAUAUGUGUAGCGCGUACAAAUACAAUGAAGCCCGAGACUAUUCAUAUAAAAUCAAAACUAGCAAUACCUCUCAGACAAUCGACAAAUUUUUAAGAAAACCUUUUAUUUUUGUUGAUAACUCCGGAAAGUGCCAAGAAAUGAGUGAAAUCGAAUAUGCAAUUGAGAUGAUUGCACCGAUAAUGAGCGAAAUAUUUAACGAUACAUUUGAAUAUAUAAAUCUUCGCUGGGGAGAAACGCUUUCCAAUGUAAUGUCCGAUCGGCGUAGAAAGGUUGAUUUACGAAUCAUUCGUAUCGCGGAUAAACUUGAACUAAGUCAUUCAGAGUGUGCAAAGAUUCCAUCUCCUACGAAAAUAAUACAUGACCGGUCAAAAUGUUUACGUACGCUGAAAGGUGUUUUAAAUAAUUUUUUGAAAAGAGACUUAUCUGAUGAAGAAGUGCGAGAUUCAAAAAUUCUAGGAAUUCAGUUUUCUGGAAUAGAACUUUUAGAUGAUGGGUUGUACUUUGGACUUGAAGGUCCAACUUUUGAAUUUCCGACACAAUUUAUGAAUAUUAAAUGUCUCCGUAGUGCAUUGGAGGCUUUAUUUUUUUUCAAGAAAAACGUCGUUGAAAAAGCAAAAUUACAGGCCGAUCCGACGAAGACUAAUAAUCCUCUUCAUAAGAUACUACAUCAAUCGGGUAGCUCAAAGGCAAAACAUUUCAAGAUCAAGUAUAUUCGAGAUACAUAUUUUACUCCAAAAAAAAGAAAAGAUGAUCAGAAUAGUUAUAAUAGUAUAUGA